UUGACAAUUGAAGAAAAGUCGCAGUUUUGGCUUAUCAUUAUCUCACGGUGAGAUUUCAAAUUGUUAUCAAGUAACUAUAUUCUUUGCAUUCACCUUUUUUUUAGGUAACCGAAAAUGCCUUUAGUAAGAACUGAAGAUGUGUUAAGUUCCUGCAAUUCUCUUUCGUCGAAAUUCACACAGCUGCGAAGAUUUUGGGUUUGGAAUGAAAGAAUUAUCAAAUUUGUUCCGAAUUUUUGUGAUGUGCAUCUGAUUGGCAGAUAUCUUCUCACAACAUACACUCGAAUUACUUAUCUGACGUCAUUUUGGACCAAUCAGACCGCAGUAUUGGAGGGUGGUUGCUUGUAUUGAAACAACCGGCCAUGUGAUUGUGAAAAUCGAGACGAAGCGAAAAUAUUUCAGCCGCCAUAUUUUUAACAAUUUGCUCGAAUUUGUUUUCGCUCGGAAGGGCCAAGAACCGGCGUGCUUUGUCAAUUAAACACUUGGGAAAGUUGAUAAAGGCUUUCAUCUAUAUAUUUCAAGUAUCUAUUUGGUUCAUCGAGUUAGUUUUGGUGGUGUACUGUUCGAGUAAAAUUUGUGUUUUGCAAUAGGCGACAUACGGCGUGUUUCGUCAGAAGAAUUAUAGAAUCUACGCCAAAAGGACGUGGCGGUCACGUGCUCGGUGUUUGAAAUUUUUUGAUCGGUAUUUAGUGCAAAGAGGACAUAAUUUGGUAUCGUAACGAAACAUUAUUACUUGGAAGGAUUUAUUCUGCUUCUCGUGUUGUCAUGAGAGGCUGUGGAUUUGGUCGACGAUAUUAUAUAAUUCCCUAUCGUAAGGCAUGGUGAAUGGCGCAAAUGGCUCCCGCGCUUGCCGAAGCAGCAGGGUCCCCAAGUACGAACGGCAAUAUUUCGUCUUCGAGUUCGCAAAACCCCUUGAGAGAACCUUACGUGGAAGAAGGAAUAACGAGAGACAACUCAAAGCUGCAGAUCAACUCGACGACGCCAAAGCAAAACGGAUUUUGUCGAUCUAUGGCGAAUAGUAAUAUAAACUCUACUGUUGGCAAGCGUGUAUUGGACGAAGUUCACAAGUUGAACAACUUGCCUCGUGCGUUCAGUAAUGCUUCAGAGUCGACAAAAUCAGGCAAAAUUAAUAGCCAGGAUGUUCCCUUAGCUUCAGCGGCUGAAAAUACGUCCAAGAAGGAACAAACUCGCCCUAUUUCAGCCCAAAAAGAAUCGCUGAAUUCUACGCCCACCCGGAUCCGAAUAACAACAACAAAAACAUGUGGUUCGAACUCGCUCGAAAACCGAAGUAGCUGUCAGGCUUUGGACAAUAAAACAAAUCAUGAAACGCAACAGAGGUAUUUGUUUCCUUGUCCAGAGCCCUCGCCGCGACUUUUGUUUGAGAAAAAAGUAAAAAAAGCUGGCCUAAAUCAAGUUCGGCUUUCCACUCGUGCCCGCAAGCUAGAACGAAGGCUUCGUUCAUUACAAUCGCGGCAGCUUGAAACUCACGUCACUGACCAACUACAAACAUUCGCUGUUAACCGGAGAAAGGCGCAUCUGAGUCUUUCUCAACAGAAAUAUGAUCAAACAAAACCGGAUUUGACCCUGCGACAGCCUUCGAGGCAACUCAAGGAAGAAACGUCGUGCGAAUCUACAAGCAAGGCAGUGGGUCGUGUCGGGGAAGAACAGCCUCCGAAAGCUUCGUUAGGAAAGAAUAAGGAUAAUAAUCAUAACGAAAUGGGUGGAAAUAAUAUUCGGGCUGGUUGUGGGGAUGUUUUAAACCCUGUAAAUGACAAGGAAACUGAAGGGAUUGCCGCAAAGUCUUUGGUCUGUCAGCUCGAACUAGCUGAACAUGUGGGCGACUCGGACGCUACUGAAUGUAGUUCGGGCGCCGAGAGUUGCGACGAAAUGGAUUGUAAUCCUCCGAGUAAUGAAGCCAAAACUAAGGGGUUUCCAAGCCUUAUAAACCAGUUCUACUCUGAUCGUGGAACCAUAGCAUCAAAAUGGACGUGGCUUCGGUCGCAGGUCAUCGACAUUGAGCGUCGAAUACGCAGAUGUGAGGAAACCUACAAAGCAGUUCGCGUGAAGAAGAGGCCAAUCAAUCUCGAAAAGCAAAGACACGUUCCAGACAACAAAGUUAUCGUGUCGAUGGCGAACAAAAGCGCCAACGAUCUUCUAGUGGACACUGCGAAUGUGCUAAACAAUCGCAAGGCUCAUGCUCAAGGCGGCAUAAUGACAAGCUCUCUGACGCCCGACACUGCGUUCUCGAAAAACUCUGGAAUCCCUUUGCUGUCGGAAAAGAGCAACACGAACCUGCUAUUGAAUGUCCAGAAAUUCGCUGGCCAGCACGAUGGCGAUCAUAUCGACUCGUGUACGGCCGCUAGAACUAGAUCCGUGCAGCAAUGGCAGAAACGAAAACUUUUCGAUCUGGCCAAAAUCGAAAGGCCGAGUUCGUGCAUGCUCUGUUCUUGCGGCGAUUCGUGGACGCCGUGCGUGCUUUGCAAGCGGAGUUCGCCGAAGUUGCCGAGAUUGACGUCCCGACAAGAUCUGAGGGAUAGGGUUGCAACGAUGGAUUUGUCCUUUCAUCCUGUGCUAUCGUUCGAAACAGAAGUUCCAUUGUCUUUGCAUUUUGGUGCCUUGUUGAAGAAAGGAAACUUUCAAAGUAAAAUUUUCAAACUCAACGCGCCCGGUGAUGCAAAGACUGCGACAAAAAGAAAAUAUGUUCGAUCUUCGAGUUCUCCUGCGGCAAUUAAAAAGAAGGAGCGUAAAGAGGCUCUUGAAUUGUCGUACAAAAAGCAAGGUAUUCGAAGCCUAAGAGACAGAAAGAACAGGAAAAAGGCGGGAGGUUCUUCCAAGAACGAACGAACCCUGAGGCAAAAAUCCUCAAGAGCGAACAAAAAACGAUCCGCUGCUGUAAACGCAGGUUUGAGACUCGCCAAUCAGUUGCAGAAACGAGCCCGAAGCUUGUCAUUACCGUCUGGCAGUAGUAGACCGUCGAGUCCCGUUUCAAACACGCCCAGUCCGACUUCGCUUGGUCAUUCCUUUCCCGCGAACGCACUCAGCGCGAAAAAAAAGAAACCGACCAGUAAUGCGUUUGACAUCAACAAUAUUGUUAUCCCGUACUCGAUGGCGUCGACAACUAGAGUCGAGAAGCUUCAGUAUAAGGAAAUUCUAACACCAGCUUGGCGAGAAACGACUGUUACACCCAAAGAAUACCCACCGGAGGCAGAUGAGGAGGAUAUGGAGGAUCUCUCAAAUCUUUCGUUUGCCUUGAGACAUUUAAAAUGCGAAGAAAACGAAAGGAAACGGUUUGUUGGCUUGGCGAUAAAAAAGAAGAAACGGCCGACUCGACAGAACAGUGAGGCGACAACCCCUGAACCCGUUUCUCCUGGAUCUCUUCUCUUCGACGGUCAUUUGACUGCUAGUCAUAAUUCAUCGGGUGUUCCAUCGCCAACAUCCAACACCCCGUCGCUGAAUUCAUCUUUGAACAUUACUUCGCCUACGGGUCUAUCCGGUGCGCUCGUUAACAUGCUGUCGUCGGACUCGAUGCCCAGCAAGAUCGAGCGGUCUGGAAAGAGCUCGAGGAAUCACAAUCGGAGGAGCUCGUCCAUGGACCACAACGAGGACAGCAACGAGGCGUGGCCCGUUGUAACACCGUGGCCAUUACGGGAGUUUCCUCUAUCGGAAACGGAGAUCGAUCACUUGAACAACCCGCCGCCGACGCCCCGUGUCUUGUCCGUUCCACCCUCUCCGUCGUCUUCGCGCACGGCUAGUCCAAUACUCUCCCCUGUCGACAGCCCUGACAGCACGGCGAAUUCAAACUGGACGGUUAAAUUGCUGUCGCCUGAAGCGCAAGACAACACUGAAUCGGACAACAAACCACCGAGGAAAGGAAUCGUCUUGAAGCUGGCGAAAAGAUGAAGACCAUCUACAUCACCUUCGCCAAACGUCGCCAUUCCAACACAAAGGUUCUGCAAGACCAGGCACACAACUAAUCAAACCCGAGUAGCAUUGUUAAAAUGAUUCCUAAAUGCCAAACUUGAUUCGGACAACAUUGGUACUAAAGCAUACGUAGUUUGUCGCAACCUGUGGCAAACAGUUGUUAAUUAGCAGCAUCACGGCUAAAAGUCUGAGGAGUAAAAGUAGCUAAACCAUGUAAAAUGUAGUCCUUUGAAUAUGUUGAAAAGUUUUGCAAAGUUUUUAAAAGAAAUAAAAUACCAGGGUAUGUUGGAGGAAUCUGUACUAUAUAACUGCCCCCCUUACCAUUAUAUUUGUAAAUUUUGCACCAAAUACCUCGAUAGCAAAUCAAAGAAUGGUGUAAAGUGAUUGACUUGACUGUGGAUAUGUAGGAUUUAUUUUUCGUCACCUGUCAUUUACACCUCGAUUGCCGUGUACUAAGUAUGCUUUGCCUUUGGUUGUUACUGUAACUUGUUCGGUCCUUAAAAUUACAAAUGAUUUUAUAUUGUGACAAGA